CUUUCUUCUACUCCCUCACCGCUGCCUUUCUUCUCUCUACCAUACUCGACAAUGGCUGUGGCUAUGGCUUCUGCUAAUUUUCUUCUUCAGAGCAAGUCCAAAGUCCUCGAAAGUCAGUCCUUUACUUUUGGUUCGGAUGCUACCCCUGUUCACAUUAUAUAUCAGAAAACAAAACGGAGAUCGUCAUCUUAUAAGACAAUAGUCGUUCCACGAGCGGCACCUGUCACAACCAUAGAGGAUGAAAGUUACAGUGAGAGCGAUACCAUUCCAACUCCCAAAGUAAUAAUUGAUCAAGACUCUGAUCCUGAUGCAACUGUGGUGGAGAUAACCUUUGGUGAUCGUCUUGGAGCCCUUCUAGACACUAUGAAUGCGCUUAAAAACCUUGGGCUCAAUGUUUUGAAAGCUAAUGUCUUUUUGGAUUCUUCUGGGAAGCACAAUAAAUUUGCCAUCACUAAAGCUGAUACAGGUAGGAAGGUUGAAGAUCCAGAGCUGCUCGAGGCAAUUCGAUUGACAAUCAUAAAUAAUCUGCUUCAGUAUCACCCUGAAUCAAGUUCCCAGUUAGCAAUGGGAGUUGCCUUCGGUGUAGAGCCACCAAAACAACAGGUUGAUGUGGAUAUAGCAACUCACAUAAGUGUUUCUGAUGAUGGUCCUGACCGAAGCUUGCUUUAUGUGGAGACAGCUGAUCGCCCUGGAUUGUUGGUGGAUCUUGUAAAGAUUAUCACUGACAUUGAUAUUGCUGUUGAAUCAGGGGAAUUUGACACUGAGGGUUUGUUGGCAAAGGCAAAGUUUCAUGUUAGCUACAAGGGUAAAGCAAUCAUCAAACCUCUUCAACAGGUACUUGCCAACAGUUUGAGGUAUUUCUUGAGGCGGCCAACCACCGAGGAGGGAAGUUUUUGAGCCAUAACCUUAUUCUAGAUCAUAAUAUAUUGGAUGGAUUCCUGAGUUAUUCCAGGAGAAACUGUAGAAUGUCAAUGACCAAUUGCACAUCAUAUGCUUACACAUUCUUCUCACAAAAAGAUGAACAACAAUUAUUGCAGCUUAGAGUUUACUACAAUAUCAGUGUAAUAUAAUAAUAUAUUUUUUUU